AUGACCGUACAGGACCACACGUACGCCAUCGGGGGCAACAGCCGCAGCGAGCACUUUGGCGCGCCCGACGCCAUCGCGGCGCACCUGGCCGGCGACACGUGCGAGGCGUGCAACACGUACAACAUGCUCAAGCUGACGCGGGAGCUCUGGGCACUGGAGCCCGACGAGGCGGCCUACUUUGACUUUUACGAGAGCGCGCUCCUGAACCACCUCCUAGGCGCGCAGGACCCGCACUCGGCCCACGGACACAUUACGUACUUUACGCCGCUGAGCCCGGGCGGUGCGACAGGAGACGGAAUUCCCGCGGGUGAGUCGUCUCGGCUGACGGUGGCGGUCACCGCGGGAGGAGAAGCGGCUCCCGAGUUCGCCCUUCGCGUGCGCAUUCCAUCCUGGGCGGCUGGCGCGUCGAUCUCAGUGAAUGAGGAGGAGGAAGUGGUUUCUCCACCGGCUGGCUCUUAUGCUGAGUUGUCGGCAAGGGCGUGGGCGGAUGGCGAUGUCAUUGAUAUCUCUCUCCCCAUGGCUCUCCGAACCGUUGCCGCGAAUGACGAUCCCCAGGUGGCAGCAGCAGCGUAUGGGCCCGUAGUUCUGUGCGGAAACUACGGCGAGGGGACGUUGGCUGGCGUUCCGGAGCUUGAUGUCGAGAGCAUAACUCGACAGGAGGGCGGCUUGAAGUUCCGAGGGAAGUCGGGGGAUCAGGUAGUUGAUUUGGUUCCUUUCUACGAGGCGCACGGGUUUAACUACAACGUGUACUGGAAGAUUUAA